UUAUAACUGUUUCACUCCAUUCAGCUUUACACUUUCUUUUCCUUACAUGGGAAUUGUUUGGAUACAUCUUUACUUUUGAUUUUCACUGAGUUGAUUCAUCCAUCACUGAAUAUACCAUUCCCCCCCAUCAAUCCUAUUCAGGAGGGCCCAUCAUGGUUCUGGGGAAAAAGUCAAUCAAGAUCAAUGGCGCCGACAUUGGCGUCGAAGCCAUCCUUCUCGGUGCCGUCACCGCGAUAGGAGGCUUCCUAUUCGGCUAUGACACCGGUCAGAUCUCGGGCAUGCUUCUAUUCAGCGACUUCAAGAACAGAUUCGGCCAGAUCACCCUACCAGAUGGUACAAAGGAAUUCGAGUCCAUCAUCCAGUCACUACUAGUAUCUCUUAUGAGUAUCGGUACACUUCUCGGUUCUUUGACUUCAUCAUACACCGCCACCUGGUGGGGCCGCCGCAAGUCCCUUACAUUCGGCGUCGGCCUCUUCAUCAUCGGCAACGUCAUCCAGAUCACCGCCAUGCACUCCUGGGUACACAUGAUGAUGGGCCGCUUCGUCGCCGGUCUAGGCGUCGGUACCCUCUCCGUCGGUGUGCCCAUGUUCCAAUCCGAGUGCUCCCCUAGAGAAAUCCGUGGUGCCGUCGUCGCCUCUUACCAACUGCUCAUUACCUUUGGUAUCCUCAUCGCCAACAUUGUCAACUACGGCGUGCGCGAAAUCCAAGAGCAGGACGCUUCCUGGCGUAUCGUCAUUGGUUUGGGUAUCUUUUUCUCGCUUCCGCUUGGCGUGGGAGUGCUGUUGGUCCCUGAAAGCCCGAGGUGGCUGGCGUCCAAGGAGGAUUGGGAGGGAGCCCGCAUGUCGAUGGCGAGACUGAGAGGCCUGAAGCAUGACCCGCACAAUGAGCUGGUGGAGGAUGAUAUGAAGGAGAUGCGGGAGGUUUUGGAGAAAGAGCGGACUGCGGCCGUGGGAACUUGGAAGGAGUGUUUCAUCCCCAACAAGAACGGUGUUCCCAAGCAGGUGUACCGCACAUUCCUGGGUAUCGGCAUUCACUUCUUGCAGCAGUGGACUGGCGUCAACUACUUCUUCUACUAUGGCGCCACUAUCUUCCAGUCGGCGGGUAUCAAGGACCCCAUUCAGACACAACUCAUCCUCGGCGCUGUCAACGUCUUCUCGACGCUGUUCGGUCUCUGGGUCGUCGAGCGUUUCGGACGCAGAUGGCCGCUGUUCAUCGGUGCUAUCUGGCAGGCGUCUUGGCUCGCCGUGUUCGCUUCCAUGGGCACCGCUCUCGAACCCGACCAAAACAAGACGUCGGGUAUUGUCAUGAUCGUCUCGGCCGCACUCUUCAUCGCUUCCUUUGCUUGCACCUGGGGUCCCAUUGCUUGGGUCGUCAUCGGCGAGAGUUUCCCUCUGCGUACCCGUGCCAAGCAGGCUUCGCUUGCCACGGCUGGUAACUGGCUUGGAAACUGUAAGUUCACCAUUGUUUUUUUUCACCUUUCCCACACACAGCAAAAGCUAACAAACCCCCCUCCAGUCAUGAUCUCCUUCCUCACCCCCCUCGCCACCGAUGGCAUCGGCUAUGCCUACGGCUACGUCUUUGUAGCCACCAACAUCAUGGGCGCACUCCUGGUCUGGUUCUUCCUGUACGAGUCCACCAGCUUGUCCCUCGAAAACGUCGACCUCAUGUACAGCGAGCCGGGCAUCAAGCCGUGGAACUCGCACAAGUGGAUGCCGCCUGGCUACAUCACACGCAUGCAGCGCGAUGAUGAGUACUUCCACCAUCCUGAGAAGGGUGGUUCGGAUGGUCUUGAAAUCACGAAUGGAAGCAAGGAGAUGCACCCGCACGAGGAGAGGGAAGAGAAGGUUGUUAACCAUAGGGUUUAGGCUUUUAUGGUUGGGAGAAAUGGGUAAAAUGAAGGGCAGCGAUAUGAUUCUUGUACAAACUUAUGCAUAUGGGAGGUUGUAAGAUAUGAUAUGGGUGGAUAGGCUUUUGGCAAGGCGUUGUUGGGUCAUGAUGUUUGGAUAAGCCUUUUUUUUGGGACAUGGCGGGUUUGCAACGACUAAUGACAAGGAAUGAAUUGAUGUCAAAACGA